AUGACCGUAGUCGAGAUCGGCCUCAUGGGCGUCAAGCCCGACCACGACGUCCUGAACCCCAAGACCCCCGAAGGCCAAGUCCUUGACUUAGCAUGGAGUACCGUGACCACUGCACCGGGCGGCCCGUACUGGGCAUAUGGAGGCAUCGAGCCUGACGACACUUUGCGACUCUGGUGCUUCUUCUGCUUCGACGAUGUGAAGCAUCAUAUGGACUUUGCCAAGACAGGUGGAGCUGAAGCGGUCAAAGACCUACCCAAAAUCUUGUCUCACCCAAUCUUCGGCUGCCAUGUGGAGCUCGAUGGCGAGGCCAGGGACGUGCUGAAUGCGCCUGUGGUGCAGGUCACGUUGUUGUACUUCUCACCCGACAUAGCCGCUGCGGAGAAAGAAGGUGUCAGCAAGACGUUCACGACCGGGAUCGGAGGGGAUCUCGAUUCCAACACUGACAUGCGAGCGGUGCGAUCGGGCUGGAGUGUCGAGAAGGAUUGGCCGAUGUUGGAGGGCCGCGAGAAGGGCGAGGGAACGGGCACUGUGUUUAGCAUCCUCGUGGGAUGGUCUAGUGUUGAGGCGCAGAAGAAGUCUGGAGUCAUUCAGGAUUUGGUCGGGAAGCUUAAAACGGGUGGGAACGGACAAUUGAUUCAUUCCGCGACCAAACUCGUCGAAUGCCGAGAAUUUGGCACUGCGAGAAUUUGA